GCUGCUGCUGUUGCCCCGGCGACGGAAGGACGCGGCGCGGCCUAAGGGGACGCAGGGCAAGCCCUGCGGGAGGCCCCGCCGCCGGCAUGGCGCAGCCCGGGGUCCUCAUGACCAAGGAGCCGGCGCCGCAGUCGGUACCGGCCUCCGACCUGCCCAUGAAGUUGUCCGAGGUGGCCCUAAACACAGGCGCCUACUCCUCCAGUGGUCUGGCCACUGCAGGCUUCCGCACCGCCAAGUACCUUCCCGGCGAGUGGCACCAGAGUAACUAUGACAUGUACCACAAGGCCUUCGCUGGCUGCAAGCAGGGGGAGCACGACCGGGCCGAGGCCAAGGACCUGGCCGAGUACACUGCCCAGCGUGCCCAGUGUGCCCAGCAGGACUCCACGACCGCCCUGGGCCACCGCCUGCAAAACACACACUUCUGGAAGUCUGAGCUCCAGAAGGAGAUUGAGGACCUCGAUGCUGAAACCAACCUGCUGGCAGCCCAGAAACUGCGGCUGGAAAGAGCGCUGGAUGCCACCGAAGUGCCCCAUGCCAUUGCCACUGAUAACCUGCAGUGUCGGGAGAGGAGGCAACCCCCAGACCUGGUCAAUGAUGAGGUGGAGAGAGAGUUGCUGAAGGAAGCUGAGCUUAUCAGAAAUAUCCAGGAGCUUUUGAAGAGAACUUUGAUGCAAGCUCGCAACCAGAUGCAAUUAAAUCGAGAUCACAAAGAGAUUUGUGAGAGGGACUGGUCAGACAAGGUUGAAACGUACAACAUUGACGAUAAAUGUGGAAGAUACAAUAACCAGAGCACCAACGUCCAGUUCCAUCCUAACUCAGUGAAGUUCGAAGAGAGUGCCUCAACACCGGAGACAUGGGCCAAGUUCACUCAUGACAACAUCUAUAGGGCAGAACGAGAAAAACUGGCUUCCGGCAAUCUUCGUGUCUUGAUUGACAAUAUCCUUCAUGACGUAUCCGAGGACCUGAGGAGGCAAUGUGAUACUGUUAACGAGGCUUUUGCCAAACGCUGCGAGGAGCUGGAGGAUACAAAACACAAGCUAGAGUAUCAUUUGAAAAAUGUCCUUCGGGAGAUUGGAGCUCAGGAAGCAAACAUCGCUGCUCUCAAACAAGCCAUCAAAGACAAGGAAGCCCCAAUGAAAGUUGCUCAAACGAGGCUGUAUGACAGGUCUUUCAGGCCCAACGUAGAGCUCUGCAGAGAUGAAGCACAACUCAGCUUGAUCAGUGAAGUUGAAGAACUAACGGAGUCCAUUGCAGCCCUGAAGAAAAAACUGAUGGAAUCUGAGCAGACUCUGAGGAACUUGGAAGACACACGGAUGGAUUUAGAAAAAGAUAUAGCUGUGAAAAAGAACAGUAUUUUUAUUGACAGGCAAAAGUGCAUGGCCCAUCGCACACGCUACCCUGUUGCUCUUAAAUUAGCGGGUUACCAGUAGUAAUCUCUGUGCUAACCGUGCAAAGUCUGGAAGAAAAAUGUAAUCUAGAAUCUUUCAUAUAUAAUGCAUGGAUAGUAUUAUACACAGAAAUACUGUAUUUACUGUUGUUUUCCUCUAUUUGGAUUAAAAUGCAUUAAUUGUA